AUGGCAACGACCCUUGGCAAAGAGACUGGCAUGGACGCUACGAUGAUGGUGGAAGCCGCUGCCACCGAUGGAACGACGGCAGAGAUGACGGACAUCGCGUACAUGACCAUGGAGGAUUCCGAGGCGCUCCCUGGGCAGAUGGUCGAGACAAAGGGUUUAAAGGGCUCGAUUCAGGAGGCGUUCAGUGGGAUCCCAAGGCUGAUGGUAGAGAUUACGGACAUCACGUACAUGACCGUGGAGGAUUCCAAGGUGCUCCCUGGGCAGAUGGUCGAGACGGUAGCUUUAGGUUACAUGAUCAAGGGGAUCCUCAUCGCUGGAUUGACUCCUAUGUGGGAGGUUCAGAUUCCGGGUCUCGUUCUGAAGGGUGGCAAAGCUAUGGUGGGUGGCAACCAGACCAAGGGACACAGUCUGGGUGGACUAACUGGAACUCCGAAGACCAUGGCAAAGGACUCCGACGACUUGGGCAACUCCGCGAGGUCGUACCUCCGCCAGAUUGAGGAGCUUUCGGUUGCAAAGCUCAGUACCAAUGGCGGGCUGCAGUACUUCACUAGCUGGGUUGCCGCGAGGUUCUUGGACUUGGAGGUGGCACGUAUUGGCCGGGCUUUCUCUGACUUCUUCAGGAAGCUCAGGAGGAAACCUGGACAGACGAUCCGCGAGUACAACACUGAGUACGAUCGGCUCCAUGGGAGGUUGCGCGAGGUAGGCUGCUCUUUGCCGGAGGAGUGCGCGGCCUGGCUCUACUUAGAUCGGCUGCAGCUGGAGGAGGCACAAGAGUUGAACCUGCUCGCCAGCGGGCCAGAGAAAGCCCUGGGAGGCCGGCGGAGGCAGGCCGAGACGGAGCGCUACAGGACCCAGCAGAGGAGCCGUGGGACCACCAGUGGAGGACAAGGCGACGGCGGAGAAAGGGCACCGAAGGGCGACGGGCAGUCUGGAGACCGCAAGGCUGGAGAUGGAGGACGUGACGGUGAUCGCGAGGCCAAGCUCAAAGCGAUGAAAGCCCGGAGCUUUUGCGGAGGCUGCGGAAGACGCGGUCAUUGGCAUCGCGGCGAUGCCUGUCCUUUAAACCGCGGCGGAGACAAGGGCAAAGCGGAUCAGAGUGCGAGCGUGGCCAUGACUACGGUGCUGCCGGCGGACGUCUACGCCUUGAAACACCUGCCCAGCCGAUUGCUGGGGGUCGCCGACACGGCUUGCGCAAGGACAGUGGCCGGUACGCAGUGGCUGCAGUCUUACACGGACCUCCUCAACGAGCUCGGGGAGAAGCCAGUCCUGCAGAAAGAGUGCGAGGCCUACCGGUUCGGGGCGGGGAGAGUCCACUACUCUUCGUUCUAUGUCGUCGUGGCUUUUCGACUCGGUAACUACAACAUCCAAGUGCGCACAUCCAUCAUCACCGGGGACCUGCGAUUGCUGCUCAGCAAAACAGUCCUUGGAAAGCUAGGCAUGGUGUACGAUGUACAGAAUGGCAGGGCUGACUUCAAGGCCAUCGACCUCAAGGACUACGAGCUGACUACCACCACUUCGGGGCAUCCAGCCCUACCGAUCGUUCCUGUCAGUGCUCUGUCUGGCGAAACGUCAGACUUACAGAUCGAGGACCUCAGACUGCAGACC